GUGAAUCAGUCAGAGCGGAGUUCUCCUCCCAGAGCUCCCAGUCUGACUGACACAGCCGCUCCGGACCCUACUGGGUUACUUCGCGGGACAGAAACCUGCAGAGACCCGGACUAAGACCCAGACAGAGACCCGGACCGAGAACCGGACAGGGACCCGAAUCCCGCGCGACUCCGAGAUGGAUGUCUGUCCUCCGUCCCCGCUGUAGGUCAGUGAUGGCCGCUGUGUUUCCUGAACGUGGUGGAGACAAAAUAAGAUCCAGACUCCAUGUUGGUCGUCAUGGCAACGCUGGACGCCAGCACGCCGGUUGAGACGCUUCUGGCAGCGAUCCAUCUGGAGAGGUUCCAGGACGCGUUCCGCCGAGCCGGCCUCCUGGUGGCCCGAGACUUCACCCACCUGGACAACGACGCGCUGGUCAGCCUGGGAAUCACCGCCACGGGACACCGCAAGAGGAUCCUCCGAUUGGUCGGCCACAUUCAGAGGACGGAGAGCCAAAGAGCCAAUCAGAAAGCUGAUCUCCCGCGGGACCGCUGCCAGUCUGUGUCGCUCCGGCAGCCGGCAGGUAACUUUGAGGCGUUGAGGAACAGUUCGGCUCCGAACCUCGCCGCCAUGCUGACCGACGCCGAGCGCAGCCGGCCGCCGGUGAAGCCCGUUCCCAAACCCAGAACCGUCUUCAAUCGCCGCAGAACAGCUCCGGUCCACUUCUGUCCCUCGCCAGACCCACAGCCCCCCAGCUCUGCUCCCAGGCGGCUUUCCCAGGAUUCCAUCUGUUUCACCGUGUUAGAGGGUCUGACCGCAGAGAGCACGCCGCCACCGCCCGCCGACAGGUUGACCUCUGACCCCGGCGCCGCGGCAACCACGCCCGCCGACAGGUUGACCUCUGACCCCGGCACCGCAGCGACCACGCCCGUCCGGAGGCCGAGCCAGGCCGAGCGGCGGCGGCCGAGUCGCAGCCUGUCCCUGACGGACGCCGGAGCGUUGUUACCACCCGUCCCCCCGAGGCUGUACCGCGGGGUCCCCCACGCCAUGUUCCAGGGGUCCCCGCCGCCCUCCUCUUCUUCUUCUUCGCCUGUGCGCUCGGAGCAGAACCAGACACUUCCUGUGACUUCCUGUCCUGGUAGCCUUGACAACAGCCGGCUCUCUGGCUCCUCGCCGUCCGGUUCCCCCGGAGGUGUCUGCAUGGAGAUGGUUUCUAACGAGAUCUACUGGGGGACGUUACCCGGCGCCGGCGGGGGGAGGGGCCAGAGCAGCCAAUUACCAGCUCCGCCCACUCCGCCCAGACAACCAGGGGACAGGACCCGGGAGAGGAACAGUGGCAGCACUUUAAGUAACAACUCUUCAGGAUCAGCCAGAGCUUCCACAGACGACCCUGAGGAGGAAAUCAGCCCGUACUGUGAAACCGUUUUCCAAACCAGAAGAAAUCCACACAACGAGAGUGAAAGGAGCAGACUGGAGGAGAGAGAGAUGAGGAGGGGGGAGGACAAACAUGCAGAGGAUCAUGGGUGUCAGAAGUUGUCGUGGACGAAGCGUUUGACUCAGGCUCUUCACCCCGGAGACUCUCAGGGUUACAGCACCGUUGGAGAACCUGCACCCCCUGUUCGUUACGGAGAACCUGCACCCCCUGUUCGCUACGGAGAACCCCCGCCCCCCGUCCGAUACCUCUCCCUGCCCCCCCACACCUUCCCCUCGGAGGCCGAUGAGGAUCUGACCAUCUCGCCGUACGCCAGCUACACCUCGCUGACUGAGAGAGCGCCGCCCAUCAUCAGCGGCUGGCUGGACAAGCUGUCUCCACAAGGGAACUAUGUUUUCCAGAAGCGCUACGUGAAGUUUGAUGGCAAGAACCUGAUGUACUUUGGCAGCGAGAAGGAUGUCUACCCUAAAGGAGUGAUCCCAUUGGCUGCCAUCCAGAUGUCCCGCCCCGCCAAAGACAACAAGUUUGAGAUUGUGACGAGUCACAGGAUCUUUGUUUUCAGAACGGAUAGCGAAGUGGUGCGGCGCCGCUGGGUCGGCACGCUGCAGGAACACGUCCGAGAUCAGCUGGUGUUUGGGCGGCGCUGCUUCGGCGCCGGGUCUCCUUGCCAGAGACACGGCGCCCUCGAGCUGAAGGGAACCAAGUCCAAAGUCUACGCCGCCAUCAACACGGACCAGAUCUGGAUCUACAAGAGCCAGCAGUGUUUCCGUAAUGGAAUCGGCAUCACGGUGAUCGAAGCUCGCGGAGCAACGAUCAGAGACGGGAAACACAAGAGCUUUGACCUCAUCACUCCGUACAAAACCUUCAGCUUCACGGCAGAGUCGGAGCGGGAGAAGCGGGACUGGAUGGAGGCGCUGCAGGAGGCCAUCGCAGAGACUCUGUCAGACUACGAGGUGGCCGAGAAGAUCUGGUCCAACCGAUCCAACCGGAUGUGUGCUGACUGCAAAGCCCUGAACCCAGACUGGGCCUCCAUCAACCUGUGUGUCGUCAUCUGCAAGAACUGCGCAGGGCAGCACCGAGGUCUGGGGACCAUGGUCUCCAAGGUCCAGAGUCUGAAACUGGACACCAGCGUGUGGAGCAACCAGAUCGUCCAGCUGUUCAUCAUGCUGGGGAACGACCGGGCCAAUGAUUUCUGGGCGGCCCGGCUGCCCGUCUCCGAGGAGCUGGACUGUGAUGCGUCUCCAGACCAGAGGAGACACUUCAUCUCCCAGAAAUACAGAGAGGGACGCUACCGCCUCCCCCACCCAGCCUUCAGCAGCCAGGAGGAGCUGCUCAAGGUCUUGUGCUCGGCGGUCUCUGAACAGACUCUUCUGAAGACCGUGUCUCAUAUUUUCUUGGAGGCGGAGUCAGCUCGCCUCGCCGACGACUCCGCCGGCGGUCAACGACAUCAUCAACGACAUCAUCAGCUGAUGGAUCACUGCACGGCCUCAGACCCCAGCGUGUACGAUGAGAUCAUGCAGCCCGUCCUUCACUCCGGUUUCCUCUACAAGUCGGGCUCCGCCCACAGAGGGACGCUGAACAGGAAGACAAGAGAAGACUUCCAGAAGUUCUGGUGCUCGGUGGAUCAGUCUCUGCUGUUCUACGAGUCGGACCGAUCAGCUGAUCCCUGCAUGCAGAUCAGCGUUAAAGACAUCGUGUGUUUGGGCGUCAGCCGGCCUGACUCCUCCAACAACAACGGCUUCAUCGACAGGUUCCGUUAUACCUUUGAGUUGUAUUUGACGUCAGAGAAACUUUAUCAGUUUGGUCUGGAGACGGCUGACGCUCUGCACAGCUGGACCAGGUCCAUCGGGAAGGCUGCAACACCGCUCAGCUGCCACUGCCUGCUGUCCCGGGAGUUUGAGCGGGUCGGUCUGCUGCGGUACCGAGCCAUGCUGGACCCGCAGCAGUGGAGGGACGCCUACUUCGUCCUGCAGAAGUCCAACCUCUUCAUCUGUCCCCGAAACGACGGCGCGGCCGAGGACAUCAUCAACCUGAAGCGUCUGCAGGAACUCAGUGUUGCCACAGAGACGGAGAACCACGAGAAGAAAGACAUCCUGGUGUUGGUGGAGAAAGGAAGGACGCUGCACCUGCAGGGCGUCGGGCGGACCGAUUUCUCUCUGUGGUACUCAGACAUCCAGCGAAUGGCCGGGGGAAAGGAACACUCUAAAAAAAGUAAAAAAAAAAAAAAAAAUUAUAUAUUAAUAUAUAUAACCUGCUGCCUCUCCUUCAUCACGCAGUACGGUCUGGGCCACGAGGGGAUCUACAGGAAGAACGGAGCCAGGUCCCGGAUCAAACUGCUGAUGGACGAGUUCCGUAACGACGCUCGUAACGUGAAGCUGCGGAUCGGAGACCACUUCAUCGAGGACGUGACGGACGUCCUGAAGAGGUUCUUCAGGGAGGUGGACGACCCCGUGGUCAUGGCCGACCUGCACCCCCUCUGGCAGGACGCCGCCAAAAUCCCUCAGAAGAGUCAGAGGCUCGACCGCUACAAAGAGAUCAUCCGGAGUCUUCCUCGGGUCAACCGGACAACGCUCGCCGCUCUCAUCAGUCACCUGUACAGAGUCCAGAAGUGUGCCGAUCUGAACCAGAUGUGCACCAAGAACUUGUCUCUGCUGUUCGCUCCGAGUCUGUUCCAGACGGACGGGAAGGGAGAGCACGAGGUGAAGAUCGUAGAGGAUCUGAUCGACAACUUCCUGUACGUCUUCGAUAUCGACGAGGAGCACCGGACUCAGAUCGAGCUGGAGAUCAGCCUCAUCACCACCUGGAAGGACACGCAGCUGUCUCAGGCCGGGGAUCUGAUCAUCGAAGUCUAUCUGGAGACGAAGAUUCCCGACUGCUGCAUCACUCUCAAAGUGUCUCCCACCAUGUGUGCUGAGGAGCUGACCAAUCAGGUUCUGUAUAUGAGGAACAUCCCGGCAGGAGACAGAGACGUCUGGAUGACGUUUGAGGCUAUUGAGGACGGACAGCUGGAGCGUCCGCUACACCCCAAAGAGAAAGUCCUGGAGCAGGCGCUGCAGUGGUGCAAGAUGGUCGACCCGAGCUCCGCCUUCCUGCUGGUGAAGAGAGUUCCUAAAGGAGAGGGAAUCAACAUCCUCACCUCCUAUAAGAGUGAGAUCAUGAAGAUUGGGCUGUUGAAGUGUCGUGAGGAACCUCCGAAGCUCCUUCAGGGGAACAAGUUCCAGGAGAGAACGUUCCAGAUCAGGAACCACAAACUGCUGCUGCUCAAAGACAAGAAGAGCAUCAAACCAGAGAAGGAAUGGUCUCUGAAGUCCAUGAAGAUCUACAUCGGCAUCCGCAGGAAACUCAAAGCUCCCAGCAGGUGGGGGUUCACGGUGAUGUCAGACAAACACCAGCUGUGCUUUCACACCGACCUUAACGAUGACCCGGGUCCCCCGGUGCUGAGGCGACACUCGUCCUCAGAUAUCUCCAAGCAGAAGUUCGGCACGAUGCCGCUCGUCCCAAUCAGAGGAGACGAGAGCAACAGCAGCAUGCUGUCGGCCAAUCAGACGCUGAGAAAGUUGCACGACAGAAGGACGCUCUCCAUGUACUUUCCGAUGAAGGUGCAGCCCGAUUCGUUGUCGGAGCGCUGGGAGUCACAUGACCCCCCCAAGGACUCGUUGUCGGAGUGCUGGGAGUCACAUGACCCCCCCGAGGACUCGUUGUCAGAGCGCUGCGAGUCAGCUGACCCCCAAGAGCCGCUGUACGAGGAGGUGGGAGACUUCGGCCUGCAGGUGCUCAGAUCUCUGGAGACCAGCUUCCUGUCGGGCGGCCUCGCCGAGACGCAGGAGGUCCCCGACAGCCCGCCGCUCACGCUGGUUCCCCUGGAAACGGGACACGCGGAGCGCGUCAUCGUCCCUGGCUGCGGCGGCGGCGUCUCCGUGAAGCCUCUGGAGGCGAGCGCCGAAGGAGACGGCAUGUCUACUGCGGCGGAGAGAGUCUGCACGGCGUCCCAGGAGCUGCUGCUGCAGGAACUGUCGUCUGCCUUCACCAGGAAGAGCCAGGAGGAGGAAGAGGAGGAGAGGCCAUACGAUGUCUGACAGGAGGAAGAGGAGGAGGAAGAGGAGGAGAGACCAUACGAUGUCUGACAGGCGGUGUCCACGGUGCUGUUUUUCUUCAGGGUUAUAGAGGAUACUAGCCUGACCAGCCAGACCCACAUCCAGAUGUUCAAUCUGAGGGGCGGGAUAAACUGUUGUCUUUCAAAUUCCCUCUGCACCAAUAGGAUAGCGCUCCAACCAAUCAGAGCAACGCUAGCUGA